AGGAAAAGGCAAGCAUGUGAGGACUGUACUUUGGAUCUAUGGUUCUCUCUCUCGUACUUAUAUAUCAGUAGCUCUUCCCUGUGUAUCACUUAUCAUUCAAUUCUGCAGAUCACGUUCAACUGCUUAUCUCCAUCUCUCAUGGUUUUGUACUACGACAUUAACCUGGAAGAAAACCUCUGAAACACAAAAAUAUGACACCCCCCAUUCAAAAGAUCCACGUACACUGUCGGCGCCUCUCCUCGGCCACCCUCUACCACCAGCUCCUCCGACUUCACCUCCUCUUUCUCUUUGUCCUCACCUGAAAUCUUGUAUUCUUGGAAGUCUUGACUUGACUUGUCGGUUUAAAGUAAGUUUCAAACUAUCCCCGUACAAGCCGAUUUUAAGGGUUCAAUUCGAUGGAGUCCUCUCUGAUUCUCACUCUUCUCACAGAUGAUCUCCUCUUGAAAAUCAUUUCCCUUUUGAACGAUGAUUUUGAUCGAAAAUCCUUCCGUUCAACCUGUAAGGUCUUCCACCGGGUCGACUCACUCCAUCGGACCCACCUUCGAUUACUCCGCCCAGAGUUCCUCUCGACACUCGUCGUGAAAUUCCCUUGCCUAAACUCUGUCGACCUCUCUGCCUGCCCCCGCAUCGAUGAUGGUACGAUCCCAUUCUUGCUUUCCUCCAUUCAUAGUGUUUCACCCAGUUGGGCUGCGAAGAUAAGACGUUUGAAUCUGAGUCGGUGCUCCGGGUUGAGAUUCCCCGGGCUGCAAAUGAUUGUUAGUUUCUUUGUCAAUUUGGAGAGCGUUGAUGUGUCAUACUGCUGUGGGUUCGGUGACAGGGAGGCGGCGGUGUUGUCGUGUCUCGCAGGCCUGAGGGAACUGAACUUGGACAAGUGCUUGUAUGUUACUGACGUUGGAUUGGCUAAAAUAGUCGUAGGUUGUCCAAAACUGGAGAACCUUAGCCUGAAGUGGUGUUUUGAAGUAACUGAUAUUGGGGUUGAACUUCUGUCCAAGAAAUGCUCUGACUUGAAGCGUUUGGAUAUUUCAUACUUGAAGGUUACGAGUGAGUCUUUACUAGCAGUCGGAAGAAUGGAGAGGUUGGAGGUGUUGGCAAUGGUGGGGUGUAGUUUAGUAAAUGAUAUUGGAUUGCAUUAUCUUGGCAAAGGAUGCCCUUCGCUUCAGGUACUGGAUAUAUCAAGGUGUGACAAACUGAGCUCAUCUGCAUUGGUUUCAGUAAUCAAAGCACAUAGUGGUUUGUUGCAACUUCAUGCUAGCUACUCUUUUUUCGAUAUCCCGGUGACUUUUCUUCACCAGUUUAAGGACCUCAAGAAGCUGCGCACACUUAGAAUUGAUGGGGCUCGAGUUUCUGACUCUAGCUUCCAAAUUAUCAGCGUUAACUGCAAGGCUUUGGUUGAAAUUGGGAUGGGAAAAUGUGGAGGAGUCUCAGAUACGGGCAUUAUUCAGCUAGUAUCUGGCUGUGUUAAUUUGAAGGUAUUCAAUCUGACAUGCUGCAGCGACCUCACUGAUUCGUCAAUACGAGCCAUAGCAGAGUCGUGUCAAGAUCUUUCAUGUCUAAAGUUAGAGUGUUGCAAUUUGCUCAGUCAGAAGAGUCUUGAGUAUCUUGGAUCACAUUGUGUCUUACUCGAGGAGAUUGAUCUUACAGAUUGUUUCGGAAUUAAUGACAUUGGAAUAAGAUAUUUGUCAAAAUGUUCAGAACUUGUAUGCUUGAAACUUGGACUAUGCGCUAACAUUUCAAACAAGGGGCUGUCAUAUAUUGCUUCAAAUUGCCCAAAGAUUCAGGAACUCGAUUUGUACAGAUGUCCUGGAAUCAGCGAUGAUGGAUUAGCUUCUUUGUCGGUUGGUUGCAGAAAAUUGAGAAAGCUAAUCUUGUCUUACUGCAGUGCAGUAACUGAUAGAGGGAUGGAACAUUUAGGCUGUCUAGAACAACUUUCAGACCUAGAAUUGCGUGGUCUUCCAAACGUUACGGGUACUGGUUUGCGAGCAAUUGCAGCUGGAUGCAGGAGACUUGCAGAAUCAAGCUUGCUCUUAGAGCCUGUUGUGUGUGGUGCAAUGUGGAAAAGCAGGAAUGGGUGGUCUGGUACAGUGGGAACCACUGUCUGCACCGAAAUUGAAGGAAAAAGACAGCAUGUUGCGUUGAUAGCAGCUAUUCGUGGUGUGAGAUCUGAUGUUUUAGACGGAGGUUGGUGA